UUCUUCCUAAAAUUAUUGCAAAAGAAAAUCUGUUUGGAUGUGGAAAUAAUUUUUAGCUGUCAAAGUUAAACUAUAUCUUAUCUACCACCUAUUUUCUCUGCUAGAAUUUGGUACCAGGCUCCAUCCUUUAACCUCUAUUAAUUCCAUCUAGUCCUAUCAGAGGACUUCUCUCUUCAAUUUGCUUUGGUUUAUAGAUGAAUACAGAAAGUACCAAAGUAAUUUUCACCCUGCUUUCAGUUCACACCAUGUGCAUGACAAGACUAGCUGAGAAUUAUAAUUGUAGGAGAGUUUUCCAAAGUGUCAGCUCAAACAGAUGUCAACACAAAUGAGGUAUUAGGAAAGUUAAUGUUGAAAUCAAAGCAGCUGAUAUUUGUGUGUAUCUGUUUGUGUAUUGUAAGUAUCUUGUUGACCAGUAAUUGGAGGUUCACCAAGAAUAUAAGGUAAUGAAUGUUAAGUCCUGCAUGUUUUCUCUUAAUUUAGAGAUGAGCUGAAGUGCCAGGCUUUCUAUAAGCUUUGCACCAGAGAAAUUUUCUUCUGUUUCAAGUCAUACCCUGAUAAUCCAUUAGCAUAGUUCUUAAUAAGUACUCAUUUUUAGUCCUGAAUUUGUUCACAAUUCGUACAUGCAAAAUAAAUCAGUUUUGCUUCUGGCUCAAACAUACUGAUUUAUGAGUAUGUAAUGCUAACAUAAAUAGCCAUUGUUGACUAAUAGAUUAAUGCUGAACUACUUUUCUCCACUGUUUAAUAAAUGCUGAGCAGAUUUGGAUAAUUCAGCAGAUCUAGCUAGAUAGAGUGUUCUCUCAAAAGUGACUGGAGUAAUGAGUAUGUGUCCAAAGAUCAUAUUGUUUCACUUUGCUUUUUGUGAAGUUAUGUUCUUUUAGAGAAGGUUUAUGUCCAUAGAAAUUGAGAAAGAUUUCUUUCAGAGCAGAAUGAUUUCUGGAGCUGUGAGUAUGCCUUUCUUAUGCAGAUACCGUAAACAUUAGGUAUUUUCUUGAUUUUUCUUAGACAUCAAUAUAUCAAUAGCUAGUAUAAGCUUGAGCUCGCCCUUAGGUCCCCAACUAUCAGCCAUUUGUACUGGUACUGUUCGAGCUGUGGUGGCAUUCUUGCUAAAUGUAAAAAAGACCCUGCUGAAUUUUAGGACCUGAAAUUAAAGCUCCUUUCUUGUCUUUCUGUACCCAGGAUAUUAUAGGAAUAUGUUGCUGUGUGCACCACUUUCAGGAAAGCCACCAGCGGAAUUACACACUUCUUCCUUUGACUUUUUUCAGUUUUGCUUACUCUGCUGGCUGCAUUGUUUAGCCCUUUAUGUAACCUCCUCUCCUGUGCUUGCAUUCACCUGGCAGAUUUAGUGAUUGCUGUACAAGCAAGACUUUCAAAUACUGCGCUUUAGAGUACACCACAUUCUUGUGCACACACAAGAGUUUGUGAUGGGUGGCCCUCUCAAUCACACCUAGAAAAACACUCACACCUCUAAUAUAUAAUUUUGUAGAGUAUAAGCAUGUGUUACAUGUCAGAUGGAUUCAAUGCAGACAGGAUUAAGCAUGUAAAAACAAAAUACUCUGUAGUAGUAGAGUGACAAAAAAGCAGCCAAAAAGGGCUUAGCGCUUACUGUAAGGAGUCUGAGAGGUGCAUGUUGUUAGUCCUAAUGUUUAGCAUUUGUGAUUCAGCUCUUCAACUUGCUCUAGGAGUGACAAAAGGGAAAAGGAAACUUCACCUUGACCUCAGUAGUACAGCUUGAUCCCAUUGCUCCUGGAAGAAUCAUAGAACUGCUUUUCCUGUUCCUAUGAUACUUUCCUUAAAUUUAAAGAAGGUUUUGGCAGCCAAAUCACAUGACCCCACAGCAGAAGGGGGCUUUGCCUAGUAAGUGGCAUGCAUGAUUUUUAUUCUUUUGGGAAAAAAAUGGACACAGGCUUCCUGGUAGGCAGCCAGUGAGUGAAGUCAGGUGGAAUUUGCCUUCACUUGAUUAUAAUCAGCUUUGUCCCUUUGUUGAUGCCACCUCAGCCAUACGCUGUUGCCACCUUCUCAUCCUGACACUUACUGUCAUAAAGCUUAGUAGGCAAAAUAAACUGAGGCCAUAAUAACAUAUGGAAGUGUCUUGGCAAGAUAUGACUGGUCAUUUGAAGUGUUUUUCCUUUUUCUGUAGCUAGGAGAUGAAGUCAGAACUACAUGUCACUUCGUGUAUAGGGAUCACUAUUUUUAGACCAGCAGCAGGUCUUAGCCUCUGCAUGUAAUCCGCUCAGACAGAGCCACAUGAGGCAUCAAGGUUUGCACAAAGUGCCUGUGGAGCUAAGUCAUUGAUGUUGAGCAUAAGUUGAGUUUUGGAGGUGUGGAUGGUCAAAGCAUGGAAUUGUGUGAUAAUUUAAAGCUCAACAACUCAUGUCUGUUUAUGUCAACUUACGUUUCAGGCAUGGCAGAUUUGUGAUAACAGCUUUUUGUAAAACCAGAUCCCAGCUUACGUAGUUCUUAGUACAUUGGUGUUCUCUGUGCCAAGUGAGGGAGGUAUGAGGCUGUCCUGUUAACUGUGGCCAGAGUGACAGAGUUUGGAGUGUGCAUGUAUUGCAGACAGGAACCUCUGCAUGUUCUCAGCAGCCGGGGACAGUGCAUCUAGAGGGAAUCUUGAUAAAUCUAAGGGUUAUCAGGGCCCGUUCUGAAAAACAGCAGCUGAACUGCAUGUGUUUGAUGCUGCCAGUGAGAAGGUUUGCCUAGGAUGUCAUCCCUCAGCUAUACAUAGCAAACUCAAAGCUCCUUACAGAGAAACCUCUUACCAGUCACUUUCCACAAAUGGUGCAUAUACCUAAAGGUACUUAGUGAAAAUCCUUGAGAGGUAUUUAAUGCAAAAGCAGUUAGUGUCUCUGGUGUUUUUCGGAAGCCCCCACAUCACUAGCAGGGAGAAGUGCAGGCCAGCUACAGCACAGCACUUGGGCCAGUUACUCCUUUUGUCUCAACCAGACUGCCACCCCAAGAGCUUGCCAAGAUGUGUGACAUGGGGGGGCUUGACAACCUGAUUGCCAACACAGCCUAUCUGCAGGCAAGGAAGAGUGGAGAUGGAGACACCAAGGAGAUGCAAAAGAGACGUAAGAGCCUCUCACUGCCCAGGAUUGAUCAAUGCGGAGAGGUUAGGCAGUCUGUUGUUGCUGAUUAUGACAGCAUCUGUGAGCAGCAGCCCAUUGGCAAGAAAUUCUUCAGAGACUUCUUAGAGACAGUGCCAGAAUAUUUGGUAGCUAGGGACUUCCUGGAUGAGGUGUCAAACUGGGAGUUGGCAGAGGACAAUGUCAAGAGCAGUACCAUGGAGAAUAUGAUCACCAAUUUUCUUAAGGCGGGCUCCAAAAACUAUCUGGCUUUCAUGAGCUCUGACUUGGUCAGCAAAUGCCAGGCAGCUACUGCAAAAGAUUACGAGAAUGUCAUGCAGCUGGCCAAGGAGGAAACCAAGAUCUUCCUUAAAGGCAAGCCCUUCCAGGACUUCCAGACCAGCCCCUUGUAUGACAAAUUCCUACAAUGGAAAGUUUUUGAGAAGCAGCCGGUAACUGAGAAAUACUUCUAUGAGUUCCGAGUGCUGGGCAAAGGUGGCUUCGGAGAGGUUUGUGCCAUCCAGGUGAAAAAUACUGGUAAGAUGUAUGCCUGCAAGAAACUAGAUAAGAAAAGGUUGAAAAAGAAAGGUGGAGAGAAGAUGGCACUACUGGAGAAAGAGAUCCUGGAGAAGGUCAACAGCCCUUUCAUAGUCACACUAGCUUAUGCCUAUGAGAGCAAAAGCCAUCUGUGUCUUGUCAUGAGCCUCAUGAAUGGAGGGGAUCUGAAGUAUCACAUCUACAAUGUGGGAGAAAGGGGUUUGGACAUGAACAGGGUCAUCUAUUACUCAGCUCAGAUCACCUGUGGGAUUCUGCAUCUCCAUUCUAUCAAGAUUGUGUACAGGGACAUGAAACCAGAAAAUGUUCUCCUGGAUGAUAACGGUAAUUGCAGACUGUCUGAUCUUGGAUUGGCAGUGCAAGUCAAAGAGGGAAAAAGCAUCACGCAGAGGGCUGGGACAAAUGGUUACAUGGCUCCGGAAAUCCUGAAGGAAGAAGAUUACAGCUAUCCUGUGGACUGGUUUGCUAUGGGUUGUAGUAUUUAUGAGAUGGUUGCUGGGCGAACACCAUUCAAGGAUUUCAAAGAAAAGGUCGGUAAGGAUGAGGUUAAAAGAAGAACUCUGGAAGAUGAGGUGAAAUUUGAACAUGCCAACUUCACAGAGGAAGCAAAAGAUAUUUGCCGACUGUUUUUGGCUAAGAAAAGAGAGAAUCGUUUAGGAAGCAGAAAUGAAGAUGAUGACCCAAGAAGACAUAGUUUCUUCAAAACAAUAAAUUUCCACAGGCUAGAGGCAAACCUUAUUGACCCUCCAUUUGUGCCAGAUCCAUCAGUUGUCUAUGCCAAAGAUCUUGCAGACAUUGCUGACUUCUCUGAAAUACGAGGAAUUGAGUUUGAUGACAAAGAUAAGAAGUUCUUCAAAAAGUUUGCGACAGGUGCUGUCCCUAUAGCCUGGCAGGAAGAAAUUAUUGAAACGGGACUGUUUGAAGAACUGAAUGAUCCCAACAGAGUAGAUUCCGGGAGAUAUGCAAAUGGAGGUGAAGCUAAGUCAGGAGUUUGUUUGUUGUUGUAAAUAUCACAUCAGUAGCAAAAAGAGUAGAAACCACCUCAGAACUUUCCAUACUCUGACACUGUUUCAGAAAUUCAGUGCAUCUGUUUAAGAAGAACCAAUCAGUGUAAUAUGACAUUGACAGGCUGUGUAGGACCACCAGCUGUGUAGACUAUAUUACUUCCCUUUGCUCUAGCAAAGGGGAUAAUAUUUUUGUUUUAUUGGAGAUUUAUCAAGAUGAAGCAUAUUUCUCUAAGAAACUUAGAAUGUUAGAAAUUCUGAAAUACAAAAAGCAAUAAUAGAGUGAAGAGGCAACACCUUUUGAGAAUGAAUGACUACUAUUUUGAAUACAAUCAAUUGUUGGUUUUCUUUCUAUUUUCUUGUUAUUUCUACUAACAUUUCCUCUUUGUUCUACAGUUUUCAGGGAAGAUUUUUUUAAUUUUCAAGUAAUAUUCUCAGUUAGGCAAUGGAGCUCAUACAUCAUGUCAAACUUGGAAUCUUAUUGGUUAGCCAGUCUGUCUGUUUUCUUAAUUUCUGUUAGUUUUUGAAUGGCUUGAUUGUAAUAUGUUCAAACUGUCAUAAAAUGUAAAAGAAGGCUCUACAUAUUACUAGGAAAUAGGACCAACAGGAUCAAACUCUUUUCAAAGUUGAUUUUAGCAGAGUGAAGAUAAGA